ACGGCCAGCAGGCGGCCGCGGGCAUGGGCUUGGGCAAGGACUUGGGCGCCCCGUACGCCGCCGCCAGCCCAGCCUGGGCGGCCGCGCAACAAAGGAGCCACCCCGCGAUGAGCCCCGGCACCCCCGGAGCGGCGCUGAGCAGAUCCCAGGGCAAUCCAAUGGACCCAAUGGUGAUGAAGAGACCUCAGUUGUAUGGGAUGGGCAGUAACCCCCAUUCCCAGCCACAACAGAGCAGUCCCUACCCAGGAGGCUCCUAUGGCCCUCCAGGUGCACAGCGGUAUCCCCUUGGCAUACAGGGCCGGGCCCCAGGGGCCCUGGGAGGCAUGCAGUACCCGCAGCAGCAGAUGCCACCUCAGUAUGGACAACAAGGUGUUAGUGGUUAUUGCCAGCAAGGGCAACAGCCAUAUUACAACCAGCAGCCGCAGCCCCCGCAUCUACCACCCCAGGCACAGUAUCUGCCAUCCCAGUCCCAGCAGAGGUACCAGUCACAGCAGGACAUGUCUCAGGAAGGCUAUGGCACUAGAUCUCAACCUCCUCUGGCCCCUGGAAAGCCCAACCAUGAAGACUUGAAUUUAAUACAACAAGAAAGACCGUCAAGUUUACCAGACCUGUCUGGCUCCAUUGAUGACCUCCCCACAGGAACAGAAGCAACCUUGAGCUCAGCAGUAAGUGCAUCUGGGUCUACAAGCAGCCAAGGGGAUCAGAGCAACCCAGCUCAGUCACCUUUCUCUCCACAUGCAUCGCCCCAUCUCUCCAGUAUCCCAGGAGGCCCCUCACCUUCUCCAGUUGGUUCUCCUGUAGGAAGCAAUCAGUCACGAUCUGGCCCAAUUUCUCCUGCAAGUAUUCCAGGGAGUCAGAUGCCCCCUCAGCCACCUGGAAACCAAUCAGAAUCCACUUCCCAUCCUGCCUUGAGCCAGUCACCAAUGCCACAAGAAAGAGGUUUUAUGGCAGGCACACAAAGAAAUCCUCAGAUGUCUCAAUAUGGGCCUCAGCAGACAGGACCAUCCAUGUCGCCUCAUCCUUCUCCUGGAGGCCAGAUGCAUCCUGGAAUGAGUAGCUUUCAGCAGAGUAACUCAAGUGGAACCUACGGUCCACAGAUGAGCCAGUAUGGACCACAAGGUAACUACUCCAGACCCCCAACGUAUAGUGGGGUACCCAGUGCAAGCUACAGCGGCCCAGGGCCCGGGAUGGGUAUCAAUGCCAACAACCAGAUGCAUGGACAAGGGCCAAGCCAGCCAUGUGGUGCUAUGCCCCUGGGAAGAAUGCCGUCAGCUGGGAUGCAGAACAGACCAUUUCCUGGAAACAUGAGCAGCGUGACCCCCAGUUCUCCUGGCAUAUCUCAGCAGGGUGGGCCAGGAAUGGGGCCACCAAUGCCCACUGUGAACCGUAAGGCACAGGAGGCUGCUGCAGCCGUGAUGCAGGCUGCUGCAAACUCAGCACAAAGCAGGCAAGGCAGUUUUCCUGGCAUGAACCAGAGUGGACUCAUGGCUUCCAGCUCUCCAUACAGCCAGCCCAUGAACAACAGCUCUGGCCUGAUGAACACACAAGGGCCACCAUACAGCAUGGCACCAGCUAUGGUGAACAGCGCAACAGCAUCUAUGGGUCUUGCAGAUAUGAUGUCCCCUGGUGAAUCCAAACUGCCCAUGCCUCUCAAAGCAGAUGGCAAAGAAGAAGGCACUCCGCAGUCUGAGAGCAAGUCGAAGGAUAGCUACAGCUCUCAGGGUAUUUCUCAGCCCCCAACCCCAGGCAACCUGCCAGUCCCUUCCCCAAUGUCCCCCAGCUCUGCUAGCAUCUCCUCCUUUCAUGGAGAUGAGAGCGAUAGCAUUAGCAGCCCAGGCUGGCCAAAGACUCCAUCAAGCCCUAAGUCCAGCUCAUCCACCACCACAGGGGAGAAGAUCACAAAGGUGUAUGAGCUGGGGAAUGAGCCAGAAAGGAAGCUGUGGGUCGACCGAUACCUGACUUUCAUGGAAGAGAGGGGCUCCCCUGUCUCCAGUCUGCCCGCAGUGGGCAAAAAGCCCCUGGAUCUGUUCAGACUCUAUGUUUGUGUCAAAGAGAUUGGAGGCUUGGCACAGGUUAAUAAAAACAAGAAGUGGCGUGAGCUGGCAACCAACCUAAAUGUUGGUACUUCAAGCAGCGCAGCAAGCUCCCUGAAAAAGCAGUAUAUUCAGUACCUGUUUGCCUUUGAGUGCAAGAUUGAAAGAGGGGAGGAGCCCCCACCAGAAGUCUUCAGCACUGGAGACACAAAGAAGCAGCCCAAGCUUCAGCCGCCAUCUCCUGCUAACUCAGGAUCCUUACAAGGCCCACAGACGCCACAGUCAACAGGCAGCAACUCCAUGGCAGAGGUUCCAGGUGACCUGAAGCCACCUACCCCAGCUUCUACCCCUCAUGGACAGAUUGCCCCAAUGCAAGGUGGAAGAAGCAGUACAAUCAGUGUGCAUGACCCAUUCUCAGAUGUGAGUGAUUCAACAUUCCCCAAAAGGAAUUCUAUGACUCCAAAUGCCCCAUACCAGCAGGGCAUGAGCAUGCCAGACAUGAUGGGCAGGAUGCCCUAUGAACCCAACAAGGACCCCUUUGGUGGAAUGAGAAAAGUGCCUGGAAGUAGUGAGCCUUUUAUGACACAAGGACAGAUGCCCAACAGCAGCAUGCAGGACAUGUAUAACCAAAGUCCCUCGGGAGCAAUGUCCAAUCUGGGCAUGGGGCAGCGGCAGCAGUUUCCUUAUGGGGCCAGUUAUGACCGAAGGCAUGAACCUUAUGGGCAGCAGUAUCCAGGCCAAGGUCCUCCUGCAGGACAGCCACCUUAUGGAGCACACCAGCCUGGCCUGUAUCCACAGCAGCCGAAUUACAAACGCCAUAUGGAUGGCAUGUAUGGGCCUCCAGCCAAGCGACAUGAAGGAGACAUGUACAACAUGCAGUAUGGCAACCAGCAACAAGAGAUGUAUAACCAGUAUGGAAGUUCUUACUCUGGCCCGGACCGAAGGCCCAUGCAGGGACAGUACCCAUAUCCCUACAAUAGGGAGAGGAUGCAGGGCCCAGGCCAGAUGCAGCCCCAUGGAAUCCCACCUCAGAUGAUGGGGGGCCCGAUGCAGUCAUCUUCCAGUGAAGGGCCUCAGCAGAAUAUGUGGGCAGCGCGCAAUGAUAUGCCUUAUCCCUACCAGAACAGGCAGGGCCCUGGUGGCCCCGCACAGGCACCCCCUUAUCCAGGCAUGAGCCGCGCAGAUGACAUGAUGGUACCUGAUCAGAGGAUAAAUCACGAGAGCCAGUGGCCUUCUCAUGUCAGCCAACGCCAGCCUUACAUGUCGUCUUCGGCUUCCAUGCAGCCCAUUACACGGCCACCUCAGUCAUCAUACCAGACGCCACCAUCACUGCCAAACCACAUUUCCAGGGCACCCAGCCCAGCUUCCUUCCAACGUUCCCUGGAGAACCGCAUGUCUCCAAGCAAGUCUCCCUUUCUGCCCACCAUGAAGAUGCAGAAGGUUAUGCCCACUGUCCCCACAUCCCAGGUUACUGGGCCACCCCCUCAGCCACCCCCCAUCAGAAGGGAGAUUACCUUUCCUCCUGGCUCUGUGGAAGCAUCACAGCCAGUCCUGAAACAAAGGCGAAAGAUUACCUCAAAAGAUAUUGUUACUCCUGAGGCAUGGCGUGUGAUGAUGUCCCUUAAAUCAGGUCUUCUGGCUGAGAGUACUUGGGCUUUGGACACUAUCAACAUUCUUCUCUAUGAUGACAGCACUGUUGCUACUUUCAAUCUCUCUCAGUUAUCUGGAUUUCUCGAACUUUUAGUAGAGUAUUAUAGAAAAUGCCUGAUUGACAUUUUUGGAAUUCUUAUGGAAUAUGAAGUGGGAGACCCCAGCCAGAAAGCACUUGAUCACAGUGCAGUGAAGAAAGAAGGUGACCAGUCCUUGGCGGAUGACUCUGGGAAGGAGGAAGAAGACACUGCGUGUCUUGAGGAGGAGGAGGAGGAGGAGGAGGAGGAUGAGGAGGAGGAGGAGGAGGAAGACAGUGAGAAGACAGAAGCUGACGUCAAGGGCGUUGCUGCUCUCACCCCUGGGGACGCCACUGCAGACCCCAAGGAGAGACCCAAGCAGGCCAGUAAGUUUGACAAGCUCCCAAUAAAGAUUGUCAAAAAGAACAACCUGUUUGUUGUUGACCGGUCAGACAAGCUGGGCCGAGUGCAAGAGUUUAACAGUGGGCUUCUACACUGGCAGCUUGGGGGUGGCGACACCACUGAGCACAUCCAGACUCACUUUGAGAGCAAGAUGGAAAUCCCACCUCGCAGGCGCCCACCACCCCCUUCAAACUCCACAGGUAGGAAAAGAGAGUCCGAAGGCAAAGGAGAUUCUGAAGAGCAGCCAGAGAAAAGCAUCAUAGCCACUAUUGACGAUGUCCUGUCUGCUCGGCCAGGGGCCUUGCCUGAAGACACAAACCCUGGGCCCCAGACAGAAAGCAGCAAGUUCCCCUUUGGUAUCCAGCAAGCUAAAAGUCACCGGAAUAUCAAGCUGCUGGAGGACGAGCCCAGGAGCCGAGACGAGACGCCCCUGUGCACCAUCGCACACUGGCAGGACUCGCUGGCCAAGCGCUGCAUCUGUGUGUCCAACAUUGUGCGGAGCUUAUCUUUCGUGCCUGGUAAUGACGCCGAGAUGUCUAAACAUCCAGGCUUGGUGCUGAUCCUGGGGAAGCUGAUCCUCCUUCACCACGAGCAUCCAGAGCGGAAACGAGCACCACAAACCUAUGAGAAAGAGGAGGACGAGGACAAGGGGGUGGCCUGCAGCAAAGAUGAGUGGUGGUGGGACUGCCUCGAGGUCUUGCGGGAUAACACACUGGUCACGUUGGCCAACAUCUCCGGGCAGCUAGACUUGUCUGCCUACACAGAAAGCAUCUGCUUGCCAAUUCUGGAUGGCUUGCUGCACUGGAUGGUGUGCCCAUCUGCAGAAGCGCAAGACCCCUUUCCCACCGUGGGACCCAACUCAGUCCUGUCACCUCAGAGACUUGUGCUGGAGACCCUCUGUAAACUCAGUAUCCAGGACAAUAAUGUGGACCUGAUCUUGGCCACACCUCCAUUUAGUCGUCAGGAGAAAUUCUAUGCGACGUUAGUUAGGUACGUUGGGGAUCGCAAAAACCCAGUCUGUCGAGAAAUGUCCAUGGCGCUUUUAUCGAACCUUGCCCAGGGGGAUGCAUUAGCAGCUAGGGCAAUAGCUGUGCAGAAAGGAAGCAUUGGAAACUUGAUAAGCUUCCUAGAGGACGGGGUCACGAUGGCACAAUACCAGCAGAGCCAGCAUAACCUCAUGCACAUGCAGCCCCCACCUCUGGAACCACCUAGCGUAGACAUGAUGUGCAGGGCGGCCAAGGCUUUGCUGGCCAUGGCCAGAGUGGACGAGAACCGCUCGGAAUUCCUUUUGCACGAGGGCCGGUUGCUGGAUAUCUCCAUAUCAGCUGUCCUGAACUCUCUGGUUGCAUCUGUCAUCUGUGAUGUACUAUUUCAGAUUGGGCAGUUAUGACACAAGUGAGAAGGCAAGCAUGUGUGAGUGAAGAUUAGAGGGUCACUUAUAACUGGCUGUUUUCUGUUCUUGUUUAUCCAGCGUAGGAAGAAGGAAAAGAGAAUCUUUGCUCCUCUGCCCCAUUCACUAUACCAAUUGGGAAUUAAAGAAAUAAUUAAUUUGAACAGUUAUGAAAUUAAUAUUUGCUGUCUGUGCGUAUAAGUACAUCCUUUUGGGGUUUUUCUAUUUCUUUUUUUUUUUUUUACCAAAGUUACUGUCCAGUGCAUUCAAAAGUCAUCUUUUGUUUUUCAUAGAUUUUCUUUUUAAUGUUAUUUUCCAUGUUGGGGAAGCGAAUUGACUUUAAAGAAAAAGUUUGUCAAAAGAUGCUAAGAUGGGAAAAUUUCACCACACUGAGGCAGAAAGGUGAAAAGUUACCAAUUUUCUGUGGUUUUUAUUCUUCAGAGAAUGAAAACCUGCAUCCCAUCACCCAAAGCUCUGUGCAAUAGAAACUUCUAGAGUGAUAGAUAGGGGCUCAAGGAGGUGUGUCACUCAGUAAUCAGAACUGUGAACAAUACUGGUUUCUCCAUGGGAAAAUGAUCACAUUAGGCUAGGAGCAAAACUGUUUUUGGUAUUGAAAGUACAUCCCUGACAGCGAUCAACAGAAACUGCUUCCUCACCACCACCACCAUGUCUGCUGUCUGUCGUUUGGCCUCCACAGGACAGUUCUUCACAAUUCCUUUCAA